AGUUAAAUAUAGAACUACACAGUAAAUGAUGAGAUCAGGAAGGUGAUGGUAUACACAAGGAAGACGAAACUGUUCAACCUUCCUGGAGCUGAUAUAAUUACACUCACCAAUCAUCUGGAUGUGGCUCCCGAGACACGGGGAUGGAAGAAAGUUGUGCAGUUUCUCAACCUUAAGAUCGGUGAGGUGAGGAGAUGUGAAGUUGCUGGGGGUGCAGCCCCGGUUGUGGAGCUGCUUUGUCAGAGGGGCUGGAAUGUUGGUAAAGUGCUGGACAUGCUGAAUAAGAUUGGCAACCAAGAGGCGGUAUCCUCCUUACUGGACAUCAUUAGUGAUAACAAGAUAUCAUCCACUCCUGUUAAAAUAACAAUAGAGGGUGAUUGUGAGCUGUUGGUUAGCGAGACACUAAGAUUGAGGGUAGAUGCUCCCCCAUCCUACACUGACAUUCAGUGGUAUUUAGACAAAACAUGUCUUGCUGCGGAGAAAUCUAAAGAUCUUGUUUUGGAUCAGGUGACAGUGGACGAUAAAGGACGAUAUAAAGUCAGACUUGAAUCAAAUUCCGGAGAUAUAAAAUGGGCUUUUGUCGACGUCAACGUCGUUCAGGAAUUAGGGUGCCCAGUUGAAGAGUUACAGUUCCUUCUCCACCCUAAAGAUUAUCAACUCAAAGAAUCCUCAUCAGAAGCCCACUUUUUUGUAGAUGUCAGGCCUCACCACGCACAAUUGCAAUGGUACUGCGAAGGGGUUCUUAUGCACGACAAGACGAAACCGUAUCUCUGUGUGACAGGAUUAGACCAAACCGCUCACAGGAGACAGUACAAAUGCACGGCGUGCUAUGAAGGUAAAACCAUUGUGUCUGAGACUGCUUUAGUCAGGUGGACUCCAGACGAACCUAAAAACUUUACAGGAACAAGUUUCGUGGAGACAGCCACUGAUAAGGUAGCCCUAAUAAUAGGUAACCAGAGCUACACGGAGUCCACAUUCGGAGAUAUAGUACACGCUGAGGACGAUGCUAGAGACAUCAGUGCUGCACUCAAACUAAUGAACUUCAAGGUAGUGUCCCUGAUAAACCUGACACGUGAUGAGAUGAUAGCUGCGUGUGAUAACUUCUACAAGUUACUAAGUACAGGAGUGUACGGUGUGUUCUAUUUCGCUGGUCACGGCUUUGAGAUCGCUGGGGAGAAUUACCUGGUUCCAGUAGACGCCCCCUCAACAGUGCGAAUAGAGCACUGCAUUAAAGCACAGUACGUUCUACACAGAAUGCAGUUCAGAGAAACUAAACUAAACCUGCUCCUCCUCGACAUGUGCAGGGAGUUUAACAAUAUGGGGGGAGUACCUGGGGAUAUACAGCCAGUCAGGAGUAGGGGGAACACUGCUAUUGGUUAUGCCUGCGGACCUGGAUCACGAGCGUACGGUAGUGAGAACGAUAAGAAUGGAAUUUAUGUGAAAUAUUUGAGAGAGCACGUGACUAGAAAUAUAACCGUUACUAAUCUUCUGGACUGUGUCAACAAAGCUAUAGGAGAGAAUGAGCCGACUGGAUACCAGCGUCCCCACUACCAGUCCUCCAUUGUUAAGAACAUUUCUCUAAACGACCCAAUAGACACAACCAACCACACAGCAGAGUUUCAUCAUAGAUCUAUCAUCUGGAGCAUGGCCAACACUGUUGAUAAAGAGGACGUGACAGUUACCCUCGUAAAAACAGAUCUGCAGUUUCAGUUCUCAGCUGCGUUUAGUAAUGUACUGCAGUUCACUGUAAACCCUCGUGUGGACUCCAUACAACUAGAUACUGAAAGUAAAGUAAACGGUCUGACUCUGCGAGAAGGGGGGUGGGGUGAGGAGGGCACCACCUCCAACACAUUCAGUAUUAGAAACGUUCAGAAACUUGUCGGCUCUGUUAUUGAGCUCACUAUAAUAUCUGGGUGUGAGAGAGGAACAGUGAGAAUUGAACGACCUCUCUUUGCUAAGAUAACAGCUAACAGAGUGAACUUUGGGAACGUGCUGGUUAAUUUAGCGGGGAGUCACAGGCCCGGUAUAUCCCAGGCUCCUCAACCUCAGCUUGCUAACAGAAGUUGCCAACAAGAGGCACCUCAAGUCGACGCAAAAGCUAAACAGAAACUCAAAGAAAUUGAAGAGUUCGAUAAAAACGUAGCUAAAACAGAAUCUAACAAAGAAAAUACCAAGCAAGAAAAGGUAGUCCCUAAAAAAGAAGAGUACAAAGUGGUAGAAGAAGUAAACACAGACUCCAAGCUACCCCCACUGGUUAAGAAUCAUGAUGACCGGAUAGUUUAUCCUUUCGUUGGAGUGUAUCUCUUCCUUAAAUCAGAUGGUGAGAAUACAGAGCAAAUAGUUGAGAUGGUGGGUGGGGAGGCGGCUGAGAGUCACAGAACAGAGCAGCUGUCACGUGUUACCAUGACAACAACAGUUCUCAACAAACAGUCAUCACAACCUUGGAUUGAGGUGGUACUGCAAGAAAAGGAUUAUAGUAAAAGCACGAGGAAUAUUUUAGAAGGGAAACGUUGGCACGGUUCCAAUGUUCUUUACUCCUGUCACGUCAUAUCCCUUCUCAACAUGCUUCAGAUGCUGGCUAUCAAUCAUGACAUAGCAGAGAUGUGGGUUACAGAUCAUGAUAAGUACCGACAAGUUGUACCAGAUGAGACUUUAGUAAUUGACGUCAACCCCUACUCUCUUCCCGUAGCUUGAAACUAAACAACGUGUUACUAACACGUUACUACUCACUGUUAGUUGGUGCUUUAUCAAUUCAUAAUUAAUUGCGUCGAACUAGUGCUUAACUUAUCAUGAUAACACGUGUGAUUGAGUGAUGUUGGUCACGUGACGGAACAAACAAAUUCGGCUGCUUCAGCACAGGAUAUUGCAUCAAAACUGUUCGCUAUUUAUACCUUGUUAUGUCGUUUUUGGGGUGUAAAAAUAAAGCUGAUAUUUUAACAAAAAGUUCUGAUUUUGUGGCCGAAAUUCUAGAGUGAAAACCAUUUAGUAUCUAAGAUUCAAUGCUAACAUCGUUAUUCAUUUAAAGUUUUAUUUGUACAUAAAGUGUACGCGUAUAAAGUAAAGACGCAUGUUUAUACCUGAAGUAAUAAACUCAUUUUAUUGAUAUUUGAAUUUUCAUUCGUUUUGUAAUUUUUAUUUGAACCUUUCGCCUAAGGUUUUCUUAUUUUGCCUAAAUAAACCUGAUAUUGAUAAAAGUUAAACCUUUCAUAGUUAUAUCCUAGAGACUUCUUUUUAUCAUGCCAGAUUCUUUAUUUGAAUUCCCCGUUAGACUAUACAUACUUUAACGGAUUUGUUAAUAUUACUUUUAGUCAUCGAAAUUAUAUUUUAUCUAUUCUACUAAUCUGAAA